AUGCCGCAAAAGCACCGUAUCCUCGCGCUCGUCUUCCACGAAUUCGAGAACCUCGACCUAUUCGGUCCCAUGGGAGCCAUCAUCCCAGGAAGCGACUACUACACCUUAGAACUCGUCAAUGUGCACAAUUUGCCUUCUCCGAAUGGACUCGAAAGCUCGAUCAAGAAUGGGAUAGGAAUCAUGCCCAACAUGACUCUCACCCAAGCUCUCGAGGACACCAAGCCGUUCAGUACACUGUUCAUACCCGGUGGACUGUCCAUGAUGCACUUUCUCGAGGAUGCGAUUCUUCUCGAGAAAAUUGGACAAUUGGUUUUGCGGGCGCCGACGGUGUUUACUGUUUGUACGGGGUCUUUGAUCCUGGCUGCGACGGGUGUUUUGGAUGGUCGUGGAGCGACGUGCAAUAAGCAGUUGUUUGACGAAGUGACUCCGAAAUACCCCCGCGUGAUAUGGAAGAAAAAAGCCCGAUGGGUCACAGAUGGCAAAUACCUCACAGCGUCCGGCGUCACCGCUGGAAUCGAUGCUGGAUUUGCCUUUGUCGCAAGAACUUAUGUCGCGCCGGAGGAUCGAGACGAUCGACCGGAGAUCAUCGCCGAAGGUCAAGGUGACAAUGAGAGUUUUGCGCGAAAUUAUGAUUCAGAGAAAGCGAUCAAGUACGCUCGGCAUGUAGCUCGGAUGGUGGAACACUGUUGGAAUGAAGAUCCCGGCAACGAUCCCUUUGCGGUUACUUCUGCUUGA